AUGGAAGAAGAGUUUUACAAUGCGUUUGCUACCCCAGUUGCUCCAAUUACAGCUGCCGAAAUUGUGGAAAUCAAAAAUGAAAUGGGAACGUCUCAAAAGCCUCCAAAGCUUAUAUACAUUGAGGAUUUCAAAGGAUGGCAAAACCGUUUUGAAACAUGGGUGCAAGCCUAUAAGUUUGAUGCAUGGGUUUCAUUGGACAAAGAUUACGUUAACCCAAAAGAUGAAUGUGGAAGUGAAAAAUCUUUGAGUGAUUAUUCAGCAGAUGAGAAAUUAAAAUACACAACUUAUAAAGGUGAAAUGACUAAGAGGACUAUCGAUAGAUAUUGUCAUCUUGUCCAGGAAAUGAAAAGAUUAGAGAUCAAAAAGGAAGAUGAUGAAUGGGUUGAUAAGCUAUCUGAUGCAUUACCACAAGAUAAAUGGGGAACUUAUCUGUUGAUUUUAAAACAUAUGAGAAAAUCUGAAAGCAUGAAUUUGUGUAAGUUCAUCCAGAAGAUCGAAGAACAUGAAUUGGAUGUUCAGAAAACUGCUAUCAUGAAUAAUCCAAAUGCUCAACAAGAUGAUAAUAAAAUCGAGAUGUUGAAAGAGAAAAGGGCUGCUCGACUGGAGAGAGAAUUGGAAGAUUUGGAAGCAAGAAGGAUUGCUGAAGAAAAGGCAAAAAUGGAAGCUGAAAAAGCAAAAGUUGAAGAAAAUUCAACAGAGAAGGUCGAAGAUGAAGAGUGUAAGAAAUGGGUUGUUAAAUCAGAGAGUAGUUCUGAUAAUGAAUCUGACUCGUCAAAGUCAGAGGAGUCAUUUGUUGUGAAAAAUGAUGAGAAUUCCGUUCCAGAAAUGAACGAUGAAAAAUUUCCGCCAUUGUCAAAAGAAAACUUGAAGUUAAAAGUUGGAAAGAUUGAAAUCUCAAAUCAAUUCUUCCCUGGUAAGGAAGAAUUUGAGGCUGAAAAGUUUUCAAUGGAAAAGUGA